UGUGUAUCGUUUUCAUUUGAGGCCAGCUUCUCAGAAGCACGUGUCACACAUAGCUGUGAGGUCGAGGUGUCUCUACAUUUGAUUUUCCUGGCUGUCGCUUCCCUGAAAACUCACCCAAGGAGCAGCCCUUAAACAGUACCGUGAUGGCGGUCGCCCGAGAACAGGUUCAACAUGAUAGCAGCAUCUGCCAGGUAAAAAGGUGAACUGCAGUGCUAAAACGGGCAGAAGUGAGCGGAAACCUUGUGAUAGCCACCGCAUCGCUCCUGUCUCCAUCACCCGGCGUCAUGGCCAGUGCUGAGGAAGUGGAGCAGGCAUGUCUGUCAGACUUGGAGAUCAUCUCCCAGCCGGUGGAGGAUGAGAACCAGUGCUUGGCUCCUCCAGUCCAGCUGGUGAGUUUUGGCUACAGAGAUCUGCCCCUCGCAGCUCUAGACCUCUCGCUGGCUGGCUCACAGCUCCUUUCUAACGCAGAUGAAGACGAAAACAGAGAAGGGUCCAACUGGCUGAAGCCGUGUUGCGGUCGUCGAGUGGCCCUGUGGCAGGUCUGCCUGCUCAGCGCUGGCUUCAACUGUAUCCUGGUGGCCUGUGUUAUCCUGGUGGUGCUUUUCCUGUCUUUGGAGCUGCUCAUAGACACCAAACUCCUACAAUUUUCCAAUGCUUUCCAAUUUGCCAGCAUUAUCCACUGGAUCAGCCUCAUCAUCCUUUCACUCUUCUUUUCAGAGACUGUCUUCAGAAUUGUUGUGCUCGGUAUCUGGGACUACAUAGAAAACAAAGUUGAGGUGUUUGAUGGUGCUGUCAUCGUGCUGUCACUGGCCCCCAUGGUGGCCUCUACGGUGGCCAACGGGCCCAGCAGCCCCUGGGAUGCCAUCAGCCUCAUCAUCACCCUACGCAUCUGGAGGGUCAAAAGGAUCAUUGAUGCUUAUGUGCUACAAGUCAAAGUUGAGAUGGAACUGGAGAUCCAGCAGUGUGAGAAGACCAAGGCUGUGAGAGAGGAGCAGCUGGAGCGUCUCACUCAGAUCUGCCAGGAACAGGCUUUUGAGAUCAGGCAGCUCAGGGCCCAUCUGGCCCAGCAGGACCUGGACCUUGCAGCAGAACGUGAAGCAGCCAUGCAGAUCCACCAUGUAUGGGGCAAACAGGGCAGGAGUUUUCAGGUUGUAGAAGGCUUGACUCCUGGGGAGUCUGAUGAUGAGGGUGGCCAGAGAAACCCCAGGGAGCCCCAUAGCACUGCAGAUCCAGUUGUGCAUGAUGACAUGAACAACUACAUCAGCCAAUACUACAGUGAAGCAAGCAGGGAUGCUGGGGCCUCUGGCUUAGGCACUCGGAUCAUCACCAUGGCAGCCAUAGAUGUUCACCUCCCCACCAAUACAAAUCCUAUUCAGUCAAACCCGAUGCUUGCGAUGGAGCGGGUGGGCAGUGCUGUAAGUGACACCUCCACCAGCAUAUUACGGUCCAGUGGCAGCCUGACGGCCCGGCCCCACAGCCUGAGUAGCCACACCCCAGCAUCAUCUAUGACAGACUGCAGCAGCGGCACAGCUCAGGACCUCAGUCUGAGCUACAGCUCUCAUCGCUGCUGCCCUCCUUCCUUCUCAGGCCAAGACCCCUGCAGGGACCCCAGCAUGGUGGUGCAGGAACUACUCUCCUCCCUCUCUGAGGACUCCUGCCUUGCUCAAAAGGGCCUGGCAGUGGACCCUGUCAACCUUAAGCUUCCCAGCCCUACAGGCUCCGAAAAGGCCAGCCCUGAGCUGGACAACAGAAUAAACAUCUACAACCGCAGGAACCAAGAGGAGAGGCGUGGCCGGGGAAGGGGUUGUGUGCUGUUGCAGACCAAGCCGCUGAUCCACCUGCAGGGCAGCACCACUGAGCCAUCCCUGGAGGAGAAGUACCGGCUCCUCGGACCAGCUGACACACCUCUGGGGCACAUGCCUGAUAUAUAAACUACAUUUACACAGAAACAGAAAGUUUUUUCCCUUUUAACUGCCACCGUGUUUGGCAUAUAUCUGAACUCUUGUGGCAGGUCGAACCUCACGUGAGGGACGAC